UGGGAGGCUGAGCGGACGGAGGGUGGGUUGCGGUGACCGAUUUAAGAAAGCCAAAGUAGGUCAGUCACUCCGGCGAUUUAGCAUCACAGAAAAAAACGCUGCUGCCUGCGCGGACUGCCCCAGCAUCAUGGACAAGAAGCAAACUCGCUACUUCGGCGCAGGACCAGGAAAACUUCCACAGACGGUCCUUUUGGAAGCUCAGAAGGAACUCCUGGAUUAUAAUGGCACUGGGAUUAGUGUUCUGGAGAUGAGUCAUCGAACUUCAGAUUUCAGCAAAAUCCUGAACACGGCUGAGAACCUGUUGAGGGAGCUCCUUGACAUCCCUGAGAACUACAAGGUGAUGUUCCUGCAGGGGGGCGGGACCGGACAGUUCAGCGCCGUCGCCCUCAACCUGAUUGGCCUGAAGGAGAGCCGGUGUGCGGACUACCUGGUCACAGGCGCCUGGUCCGCCAAGGCCGCCUCGGAGGCCGAGAAAUACGGCACCGUGAACAUCAUCCACCCCAAACUGGAGCGCUACACCACGGUCCCUGACCCUGACAGCUGGACCCUGAACCCUGCGGCCUCCUACGUGUACUACUGCGCCAACGAGACCAUCCACGGCGUGGAGUUCAACUUCGUCCCCGACACCAAGGGCGUCGUGCUGGUCUGCGACAUGUCCUCCAACAUCCUGUCCCGGCCGGUGGACGUGUCAAAGUUCGGGCUGAUCUUCGCGGGGGCGCAGAAGAACAUCGGGUGUGCGGGGGUGACCGCGGUCAUCGUGCGGGAGGACCUGCUGGGGAAGGCUCUGAAGGAGUGCCCCAUCGUCCUCGACUACAAGGUGCAGGCCGGGAACAACUCCCUGUACAACACCCCGCCCUGCUUCAGCAUCUACAUCACGGGUCUGGUUCUGGAGUGGGUGAAGAACUGUGGCGGCGCGGCCGCCAUGGAGAAACUCAACAAGGAGAAAUCCGGCCUCAUCUACGACAUCGUCAACGGAUCCAACGGAUUCUACGUGUGCCCGGUGGAGUCCUCAUGCCGUAGCCGGAUGAACGUGCCGUUCCGCAUCGGGAAGAAGGACGGGGACGACGCCCUGGAGAAGAAAUUCCUGGAUGGAGCUUCCAAACUCGGAAUGAUCUCGCUAAAAGGGCACAGGUCGGUCGGGGGAAUUCGGGCGUCUCUGUAUAAUGCUGUGACGCUGGACGACACUCGAGCCCUCGCAGACUACAUGACGGAGUUCCUGAAGGAGCAUCUGUAGCAGCCAAUCGGGGCCUGCCAUUUUCAUAGAAGCUGCUACUCCAUUGGAGGUUGCUGAGGUUCUGAGCUGUGGGGUCAAGGGUCGGAGGUCAGGUUAGCAACAGCCCGAGCCUCUUUUAGCCUGAAGCAGUUAUGUUUUGUCCUGUUACAAAUCAGUCAUGUGGCACAUUCGUGCGGAUAGGUCAGUUCUGGGAUCAUAGGCACUACACCCAGGGAUGUGCUAAAUUAAAUUAGCAUAUUAACACUGUCUUUCUGUUCAGCGUUUCUGCACUACCUGUUCCCCAGGUAACCGCAGUGCCUGCUGUGUUCUAAUGUAUAUAGAUGAUGUCACUAUGAGCCUUAACGAUUAAUCCUUGCAUUCCAUUAACGGGGCCAAACAAGAUGGCGCCGUCUGGGCCUCAUAGCGAUGGUGUCCAGUCGCGUUGUUUUUCACUUAAUAUUGUACGUUUGUUUAAAAAGCUCUAAUAAAAGCCGUUUCACGUGA